GAAGAAGAGAAGUCACGUGACAGUUGGAUUGUUUGUAGCCGCGGGUCUUUGUUCAGUUCGCGGUUCUGUUUGGAUCUCACAGCAGCAGCAGGUGUUCGUCCGGUUCGGUUCCACACUUAAUAAACUCGUCAUGUCUUACAGAACCACGAGCAGCCGAACCGAGCGGCUGGAGGAGCAGCACAGAGGAGACGGCCCCUCGCCAUGGUCCCAGUGCAGGAAGAGGGGGAUCGACGGGAACCUGAGGAAGAAGGACGACAGGGAGAGAGGCCACGCCCACUCUGACAGCAGGUCCUCCAGCUUCACCACUCCAGAGAACGCGGGGCCGCAGUCUCGCUGCGGCCGCCGCUCCGACUGGGGCAGCCAGGUGGAGGACGAGGAGAUGAGGAGGGACGUCCACAGAGACAUGCAGCGGUACAGGAGGAGGAUCCUGGCUGCAGAGGGCCCUCAGAGGGAGAGGAAGACCUCGUCUGGCUCCUCGGGGAGCUGCGACUCCAGGGAGGGAGACAACAUGGAGACUGACGAGGCCAUGCUGCUGCGACGCCAGAAACAGAUCAACUACGGGAAGAACACGCUGGCCUACGACCGCUACCUCCAGGAGGUUCCAAAACACCUGCGGCAGCCCGGCCUCCACCCAAAGACCCCCAAUAAGUUCAGGAAGUACAGCCGGCGCUCCUGGGACCAGCAGAUCAAACUGUGGAAGGUCAAACUGCACGCCUGGGACCCCCCGGCUGAGGAGGGGGCUCCGGACACGUCUCUGAAGGAUGACAUUGAGGAGCUGGAUCUGGGUGACGUGAUGGACAUCGAGCUGGACUUCCCAUCUUUACCAGAGACCCAGAAUGCACCUGUGUGUGUCCACAGCUCCUCAGUACAGGACCAGGACUGUGAGGGGACUCCAGUUAAAGUCCAGAAGACAGAACCGUCCCAGUAGACGAGCAUGGCGUGGUUCCAGAUCCCAGCGUGUGGCGGGACAACCUGCUGAGUCAGCGUGUAGAGCUGGACAUGUGUCCUUUCCUCGUUUGUUGCUUGUUCUUAGACUUUAACACAAUCUCCUGCUCAGGGAGGCUUUCUUCAGAGCAACGUUUGACAUUUUUAAUCAAGCUGGAAGAUUAGGUGCUGGGACAGACUCCCGUCUCACUGGUCCUGACCCCGGGGACUGGGCCGACCUUCAGGACCAGGAGCUGUGUGGAACUCUGUAGCACCUGGGAGCUGGACCUGAGCUGGUUUUUAUCCAGAUGUGACCUUUUGUUUUGAUUGUUACAAAUAAAAAAGAACAACUUUGA